AUGGCCGACCAUGAUCGACGGCAUUUUCGCCACCCGUCUUCUUCUUCUUCUCUGCACGACUCCGGGGAUGAGUUCCGCCACAUGUCGUUGGAGCCGCCGCCCUGGCACAACCGGAAGCGACUGUCCAAGCAGCUGUCCAUGUGCGAGACGCGCCGCAACAUUGCGUGGGAGAAGAGGCGACGGCAGAUUCUGGAGCAAGAGCGCCGGAGGAACGGGGUGCGUCAUGAUGACGGCCAUCAUCACCAUCAUCUGACGGACGAGGAUUUAAACGAGCUUAAGGGGAGCAUAGAGCUGGGAUUCGGAUUCACCGAGGAAGACGGCCAAUCACUGACCCACACCUUGCCGGCUCUCGACCUUUACUUCGCCGUUAACCGACAGCUAUCGCUUUCCAGCCCCGGAUCCACCCCUAAAAGCCUCGGCGAUCGUUCUUCCUCGUUCGGGAGCUCAAAGAGCGACUCUGAUUCGUGGAGGAUUUGCAGCCCAGGGGAGGACCCCGAGCAAGUAAAGACGAAGUUAAGGCACUGGGCUCAAGCCGUUGCCUGUUCUGUGAUGCAAUCUUUUUGA